AUGGCUAGUUCAGCCUUUUCACAGAAAUGGCGCGAAAGCUUGGAGGGCGGUCAGCCAAGCGACCAAGCAGAGAAUCAAGGGCGGCAGAGCGAGGCCCAAGCCCUCUGUUCUAGCAGCGGACGCCACCAACCAUGCCAAGGCUGCUUGGCGAAAGCGGCCGAGCUGAGGGAUGUGAUGGCGUCCCUCGAGCUCGUCCAGGUACGAUCGCGCGCCGCGGUGGAUCGCUGCAACAAGCAGCAAACGGACCUGGAGCGCCGGCGGGACUACACCGGGCAGCUGGAGAGGUCUCUGGAGGAGGCUAAGGCCGAAGUCGGUCGCAUCCAGGCAUCGAUGCAACAGCUCGAGAGGGAAAACCUCUCCCUGCUCGCUCAGUUGGCGGGGAGGGCAAGCUCUUCUGCUGCAGCGGCAAUGCUACAGAACCUGGCGGCCGCUGCCGCUACCGCCACUGCCGCCGCCACCGCCGCCGGGGGGGGGAUGGGUGCAGAACAGGGCGUGGUUAACGCACCGCCAGUGGACGACGACUUGGGAACGGCGUUCAUCCGACGUCAGCUGGAAGACGCCUGCACGAAGGCGGUGUUUGCCCAGCGUGCGCUCGAUCCCGAGCGCGGGUUUCUCCAGAUGGGCGACGAGCUCGGGGCUGGUGGACACGGCACCGUGCGUAAGGCCGUGGACCCGACCACGGGGAAGACAUACGCGGUCAAGACCGCCAACGACGAGGAAGGCAAGGCCUGCCUGAAGGAAGAGGCGAAGAACCUCAUCCGGCUCGGUGUUGACGAAGGCGUCGUAGAGGUUAUGGCCAUCCUCGACAAAGACAGUUCGAUGGCCAUCGCGAUGGAGCUCGGGCAAACCGAUCUCCAACACGCCAUGUUCGACCAGAAGCGCACGGUGGUCGAACUGUUGACGUAUGCCGCACAGGUGGCCGACGGAGUAGACUUCAUGCACGGCAAGGGCCUCGUCCACGGGGAUGUUAAGCCCGACAACGUCGUCCUCGUCAAGAAGAGCGAGACCCUUACCGUGGCCAAGUUGGCCGACCUCGGCUUGUCGCGCGCGGUGGGUGAGAGGAAAUACAGAGGCUGCGGUACGCUCGGGAACUCCAUCACUCCCAACAAUUACUUCGAGGAGGUUCCCGCGGACAAGGCCGACGACGUCUGGGCCCUCGGCGUGUUGCUUCUGUCCUUGCUGCUGCCGCGGGGCCUCUUCUCGAGCAACUUCUUGACGAGUCGUGUCCUCCACACCGCCGCGGAGAGGGAGGCACUCGCACGCUCCACCACGAGCAGGCAGAGACUCGAGAUUAAGUUUCGCAUGUCCUCCCGCACGGCCAACGACACGUCCGAGAAUGGAUUCCAGAAGAGGAUGAUCAGGGGCAUGCUCUUCGUGACCCUCGAGCAGACGAUGCGGGACACCGCCUGUGAUUUUCUGCGGCGCAUGGUCGACCCCGACGCCAGCAAGCGGCCGGACAUCGGCGAGGUGCGGGCGUGGCUGCCGUCCAUCAUCCAGUCCGCGGAGAGGCAGACGGCGGUCACGGCGGCGGCCGCUCUGGUGCCGACAACGCCCUCUCCCCCGCCUCGGUUGCCGCUGUCGAGAGGGGGCUCCGUGUCUACGAUUUCGUUUUCGUCCUCUGGGGGUAGCUCGGACUCUUCUUCUUCUUCUUCUUCUGCGGCGAGAACGUCAGACUCUGCUUCUUCGCCUUCGGCCGGGUCGGCGCCAUCGGCCGGGGGCUCCGUAGAAUCGUUCUCGUCUUCGGCCUCUCGCUCGGGGAGGCUCGCCGUUGUCUUGGAGGACGAGGCCGGUAUGGCUGUGAGUGGGCAACAAGAGGACGCUACCCCGAACCCGCCCGCCGCCGCUACCGUCGCCACCGCCGCCGCCGCCAUCACUCCCUCGAUGGCCGGCAGCACAAGUGCAGAGGCCGCGGGUGGCGACAACUCGGCCCCGGACUCUUGGAUGCCCUCGCACGACGGGGCUUCUCUCGCCCUCGGUACCGGUGCGGCAGAGAGCGUGCAGGAUGGCGUGGCGCACAACUCCGGUUCGGAGGACGCCUGGUCCACAGGCACCAGCAGCGUCUCCGGCAUCGAUGCUGCCGUCGGAAUCAACUCGAGCGCCGACAUCUCCCAGCAGCAGGUCGAGUUGUCUUCAAAUGUGGGCUCUGUCCGGUUUUUCUCCGGGGCAGGUGCGGCGGGCGCGACCGACGGGCUGCUGCUGCCGCUGGUCAGCGGGGGCGGGUGCAGCACCAGCGGUAGCCGGCAGGCCCGAGGCGAUGAUGGAGAGGCGACGGUGGAUGCCGACGGUUGGUCCGAGCCCGUAGCGGUGGGGUGUGUGAGCGUCGAAGGGAUCGUCGACGGCAACGGUAGCGCGGACGCCGGCACCUCGAGCGCGGUCGACGUGACGUUGACUCUGACCCCGGCAGUUUCCGCGAUGGUGGCGGAAGAGGGGCCGACUGGUGAUGGUACCUUUGGCGAGCACUGGGCAGUCGGUGGGAGUCGGGAGUGCCUCGGCAGCGGCGAGUGGGGAGAGGCGGCCGCGACGGGGCCGCGGCAACGACCCCGUCUGGGCACGUUCUUGAAUCUAGUCUCGGAGGGCCCCCCCGCCGCCGCCACUGCUGGUGAAGGUGCUGUGGGUGCAUCGUCCACGAUGACCGCUCCUCCCCCCAUCGUGCCAGGGAGUUUCGCGUUCGAGGGUGCGGGUACGGCGGGGGGACAAGAGCCGUGGGCGAUUGACCUGGGGAUGGCUGCUGCUGGAGCGGGUGGAUGGGGAAUCGACCUAUGGGUGACGGCUCUCGCCCCUCUUCCUCAGGAUGUAUUCGCCCCGGAGGUAAACAUGGCCGUUCAAUGUGGCCGCUACGGCCGCCGCCGCCGCCGCCUCCCCUGCUUUGCCUCCCUCCACUGA